AUGGCCCCUGCAGUCGAUGGUCGCCUUGCUAUCCUCGCCGGCAUCUCUCUUUCCUUUUUCGCCGUCACGGCACUUGAGCGGCUCAUCAAGAAGCGACAGAAUAAGCUUCCUCUUCCUCCUGGCCCAGCGCCGCUCCCGUUGGUAGGGAACGUCUUAUCUGUUGAUACUCGGGAGCCUUGGUUAACUUACACUGAAUGGAGUGCUGCGUAUGGGGAUUUGGUCUUCGUGCGAAUUCUAGACCAGAACAUCGUCGUGGUCGAUUCUGAGCGCAUUGCAGGAGCCUUAUUGGACAAGCGUUCACGGAUUUACUCCGAUCGACCAUACCUAGCCACAAUUGAGCCGUAUGGCUGGUCGUUAAGCUUUGCAUUCAUGGGUUAUGGCGAUGAAUGGCGUCUCUGCCGACGACUGUUCCACCAAACGUUCCGUUCCGAGUCUGCAGUGAAAUUUCGCCCAAUGCAGAUCAGGCGGGCUCGUGAGAUGGUCGUCAACCUAGUCGAUGACCCUCAACAUUAUCAUGACCACUUCGCAACAUUCUCGUUGUCUGUUGUGAUGUCAGCUACAUAUGGCUACGAUAUAGGAGCUCGUAAUGAUCCUCUGGUGAAGAUUGUGGUAGAGGCACUGAAUCUGAGCUCGGCCCUGUUGACCCCGGAGACAGCGUUGAUGCUUAAAACUUUCCCCUUCUUACUCAAGUUACCUGACUGGUGCUGGGGAUCCUCGAUCAAGCGUAGUGCUCUAAAUUCGACAGAGCGCGUCAAUAAAAUGGUCGACGUGCCGUUUCGAUAUGCGCAACGGCACAUGGCCGACAGUUCGUUCCUCGCUCAAUCUUCAAUGGUUGCAGAAAAUUUGCGACGGAUGGAAACGCAAGAGGAGGUAUUCAAACCUGUAUUUGAGAAUGCCCUGAAGAAAGCAGCUGCUACCGGUCUUGCGGCUGCAUAUGAGACGACUUCAGCACUUUUGAUGGUUUUUAUGUUGGCGAUGGUAUUAUAUCCAGACGUUCAGAGACGCGCACAAGCGGAAAUCGACUCAGUGGUUGGAAGAAAUCGGCUGCCAACGUUCGAAGACAGAGCAUCACUACCCUACAUCGAUGCAGUUGUGCGAGAGACUUUCCGAUGGCAUCCUGUUGUACCACUUGGUAUACCACAUACUGCCUUGGAUGAUGACGUAUACAAUGGCUAUUUCAUCCCAAAAGGCACAAUCAUCACAUACAACACAUGGGGCAUUACACGAGAUGAAAAGCGGUACCCAAACGCAUCUCAUUUUAUACCAGAGAGGUUCAUCGACAUUAAUGGUGCAUUGACAGCUGAUGACCCCGCACAAUACGUCUUCGGCUUUGGUCGGCGUAUAUGUCCAGGGCGGUAUACCGCUAUUGCUUCUGUGUGGUCUGCCAUUGUGACUAUGUUGGCCACAUUGGAUAUAUCUUCUGCCAAAGAUGACCAGGGAAAAGUGAUCAGUUUUAUUCCCAUUUUCAUCCCAGGAGUGUGUCGCUGUCCUGCAAUCUUUCCUUGCAAUAUCUCGGCACGAUCUCAUAUUCAUUCAGACCUCGUGCAGGGUUGGCGAUCUGCUGAGUUUUGA